ACCAAUUACCGAUUACAUGGCCGACAUGUCGCAUAAUGUCAUUUCAUUGUGUUUUAAUAAUAUGUUUAUACACUAGCAUUGUUUAUACGAAAGAGUUAUUCGAAUUGCAAGUAGAUGAUCUCAUGGAUUCAAUACUUAAUAACGUAUAUAUGGGAAAGUUUCAACAAAGCACACCCACUUACAAGAGUACUACAAAAAAUCCAAAAUUUCAUUCAACUACAAAAACAUUGACAACAACUAAAGCUUAUAGUGUUACAAAAUAUUCUGGACUUAAAAGGUAUGCUGAAAACAUGACAAUGGAGCAAUUCAAUUUACGAAAACGUCAAAUUGAUAUAAACACUUUAUUGGAAUCAAAUUUUAGUCCAGUUCCAAUGUUUGAUACCAUUGACGACGAAAUAACAGUACAGACGAGAAGAUUCAACAAAGUUCAUGAGUCAGCAAAGGAACAAAAUAUUCUAAGACAAGUAUAUUUCGAUUAUGAAAAUGGAACAUUCAUUUAUGGAGAAAAAAAUAGAACAGUGUCACUUAUGGCACAAUUUGUGUACGAAACCCAUUAUCGCUUACCUUACGCUCAAAUACUUAGGAAAAAGUACAUAACAAAUAUUAGAUAUAGAAUAGGGUACUGCUUUGCAUUGUUGAGGUCGCUGAAGCAGCAACAGAUGGUUAUAUACUCGACAAUGAGGAAAUAUCAGAAAAAAAUGUGGGUAGUGUACACCCACCUUAAGUGGUAUGAAAAGAUUGUAAAGUUGAAUGUGGAUAUAAAAGAUUUGAUCAAGUAUAUUUACCACUUAAAUAAGAUACGGGAAAGCGAAAUAUCGACCACUUCGUCGUCUACAACAGUUACGCCUCCAGAUUACCCUGAAUAAUAUAUUGUUAAUAUAAAUAUUUUUUAAGUUUUGCUAUAUAAAACGUCAUAUUAUCAAAUAAUAAUAUUAAUUAAAAUUAGCUUGU